AAAGUAUGUGGGGUGUUUGAAGAGCAACGUUGCUGGCAUAUUUGUGAUUGAGAAUGUUCGUAUAGUUUCCUUUUGAGACGCUGAAGUUAUUGAUGUAGUUGGUGGUCAAUUAACUCUUUAUUUUUAUGUUGCUACUAUAGUAGCGAGAUGUCAUUAGCUGCGUUAUGUUUGCUAGAAAUAUUUAUAGUAUUACGCAACGCUUAAUAUACUUAUAUAUUAUUUCUUUGUUAGUGUCAUAUUUAUUUUCAACAUUCUUAAUGUUCUUUCAGAUAAUUACGCUCACCGCGUGACUUUAUUUAUCCACAGUUCACUUCUCACAGUGACUUCCUAGAUGGUAUUAGUGAAGAAGUCAUCACUUCAAAUAUACUUUGCAUCUCUUAUAGGACGGCAGUAUAUGACUGUUGAUAGCGAGAGUUUUGAGUUAAUUAUAUGUUAUAGAACAUAGAGCCAACCGUAGCUUUGUUUGGAAGCUGUCUCGGUCUAUGCAGAAUUAUCCUUGUACUUAUUUUAUUAUUAUUUAUUAUUUUAACACAUAGAUAUUGGUACAAGGAGGCACCAAAUACAUAUGCGCCACACAAAUCUCAUCCGAUAUGUGUGAGGGCUGUGAUACUGCCCGGUUGCCCAAACCGAAGCAGGUGGAUUUCUAAGGGGGCCACUCCCCUAGCCUUCGACCUGAAGGUCCGAUCCACAAGGCAGUGGAGCAUCGUAAGGAGAUGCAGUCCCAUGGUAGCCGGUGACCAACAAUUGGUUCAUACGCCAUUUGUUUAUUCAGGAUACUGGAGCCUAUGUGUACCAUUGAUUUGGGAUCCGGUUAAAGUGCCGGACAUUCGCUUUUCAACCUCUCAUUUUCGUAAACAACACCCAAUGUGCGAGAAGGCAGUGAGUAGGACUUCUCUGGCAGAAGCUGUGUAUGCGUGGUCGUGUGAGAGUAUUUCGAGAGGAAUGGCGGACCGCCACACUCAGCCAUACCAGGGCAUUUGGAGGCACUUAAUUUACUUCGAAUUAACUGGUCGUGAAGUAUGAGCGUGGUUAGUAAAACGAAUAUGAGUCGGUAAAGGGCAUAUACGCUAUCGGUUAGAUAAAAGCUUGUAAUUAUUCGAUACAGUAUUUACAACACUCAGUCGCAACGUAUAGUUUGGUACAAAUACACAUCAGCCCAUUUUUACAGGUACGACGAACUCUCAAAAGUCGAUAUAAUACAUUACCGACCAGUUGUUUUUGUUCACAUAUUGUUUAGUUUAAAAUAGAUUAGUAGGUGUUUGUGUUUCAAGGUUAUCACUGAUGCCUUAGCUAACGGUUCCCACCUCUUUACAUUACUCGUAAUCAUAACAUAACUUCUCACUUUGUAUAAGUUUCUGUCUUUUUUAAUCAUAGUCUGUUAGGCUGAGUUUGAAGUGUUCAGACAACAUAGUGGCUAGAAUAACCUAAUUGUAAGUUGUAAUACACAUAAAUAAGGUAGACUGAGAAGCUGUGAGUAUAAAAUACAAAACUAGUCGACUAGCGAUUCCACCAUAUUCUUUUACAUUGAGUUUCUAUGUUUCUACAUUUUACAGAUUAUUUAAGGCUCCUACAUCUUGUACAAAAACUUAUAAACGUAAUUGAAAUUGUGGCAAGAACAUUGUUGCGUGCUGUGAUAGGUCAGCAGUUAAAUUUCACCACGUUAAAUCGUUAGUUUGCGGGCUUGAAUUUUACUCUACCUUAAUAACUGCGUAGUACUACCAACUCAAAAUGUUUAAAUCAAAAUACCAGACUGGCCUUGGUUUCUGAGUUUCAGUAGAUAAAAUUAAUGGCUACAUUUCAAUGAAUUUUCCAUCAAUAACUAUAUCCAUAUAAUUAUGUUUUUAAUCACAAUCCAAAUGAGUCAGCUUUUGUACUCUUAAUUGCGUUUUCCUGUCACAUAGUGUACCCUAACAACCUAGUCAAGAUUUCUUCGAUUCUCCAUGCAUAAAACGUCAUAGUUAACAACUUUACCAGAUGAUUCUUUCUAGUUGCUUUAUUUUUUACGUGAUACUUGUAACCCACUCAAGUCAUUACAAUAAGUAAAAUACCCCAAAAAUACUUGGCCAUCAUUCCCAUACACAUGUCCAGAUUUUUGUGAUAAUUUCUUUAUUUAUUUAAUUGCAUGCAUUUUGCAGCAUUGUUGCCAUUUUAUUACUUUUUGCUCUAUGUUUUGAUUAAAUUCUGAAGCCAUCAAAUAUUUCUGUAAUCAAAUGUAAGUUGGCUUACUGUUAUGGCUUCUUAUGCGACAGAAAUGCAAGCUUCUUCUGGUUGUGAAGUCUCACACAAUAAACAGUCUCAAAAUUCAUCUGAUUCUUAUGGGAACAAAAAAACCUCAUCUACACAUUCCACCAAUAAUUAUAAAAGUUCAUUCGAAAGAACUAAUCAUCCACCAAUAUCUCAGUCAGUUCCAUCUUGUUCAGACAUGAAUCCUGUAACAAGCCAGCUUCAACCGCAACAUUCACAGUACCGUUAUUCAGAUCCGUAUAGUUUCCUACGUCAGCCAGAGUCUAAUCCACGGACGCUUCCUAAUUCUGAUACUAUGAAUUGUGUCCCCUCAAUUUAUACAAGCCCAGAAUAUAAUUUAAACAGUCCAGACUUAUGCACACCGACCAGUCAUUUACAGUCUUAUUUACAUCGUGUAUCUUGUUGCUUGCCUCAAUGUCCACAAUGUCUUUCUUACAAUCUUUUCGCUCAAUCUUAUAAUUUUCCAAACAAUGGAACAGCUCUACAACCACCUUUAGUAUUGUCUCCAACUAUGUUGAAUAACUACUCAACUUCAGCACUGUGUUGUCCAUCAGCUUCUCAAAUACCAUAUUAUUUUUGGUACAACCAGGAUCCUGAAUACCAGAAACAAUAUUAUCAAACUCAAUUAGCUAUGUCUAAGUUGAAUCUGGACCAUUCGUCUCCAAAUACAUGUAUGAUGGUACAAUCGGGACCAGAUCCUAUACAUGGGUCUUUGCCAAAUCAAGCACAUCAAGCUGAGGCAAAUUAUUCUACAAACCCAAAUACUUUUGCUUCAGUAUCCUUAUCGGAAAAUCCUAAUACAAUUGUUCAUCCGCCUAGUUUAAUUAUGCCUAUGCCUCGGUCUGUCGCUAUUGCUACUUCUCCUACUACUACUACUACCAUGAAUAAUAGUAAUGUAUCGUCUAAAACAAAUGAUCCAUCUCUAAUCAACCAGUUCGAUUAUUGCAAUGCUUCAUCUUAUGCAAGUAGUAACAGUACACCGUUAAAUAAUCAGUUGAAUGGGUAUACAACACUUCCUAUGGAUGGUGUUUACGAUCCAACUAACAGUGCAUGGUAUCCUGGAUAUUGGAAUUCGAAUAAUCUAUGGGUAUCAACGGCAACUGGUCAAGGUGGUUAUUUAACAACACCAUUCAAUAAUAACAGAUUAUCUUUACCAAUUUCUUCAUUUUCACCCAACCCACAGUCGUUCAACACAGAUGAAUAUGCAGUUCUACAUCAACAAUAUGUAAAUACGAUAAAUAAUGAGUUCACUGGUGUUAUCAAUACUGGUAAUAAUCAUCAUCGCCAUCAUCAUUCAACAGAUUUAAUAACAAAUUAUAAUCAGUCAAGAGAUAGGACGGUUGUUGUUAGUCAACAGUCACAACAAACACUUUUAGCUAAUAGUAAUAAUAACAACACUACUUCAUCUAUGCCAUCGCUAUCAUCAUCUUCGUCGAUAAUGCUCAAUGCAGCAUCUUUAUCAUCAACACCAGUCAGUAAAUUAUUAUCAUCAUCAUCGUCAUCAUCAUCAAACCAAAAGGAAUAUCACACAUUAUCGUAUUACACUAAUCCGAAAUCAAAUGAUUCGUUAACAAAUUUACAAAAUAUUCAAUAUUGUUCUUAUCCUCUACCGUUUUAUAACACGAAUAACGUUGUCAAUAUGAUAAAUAGUAGUUAUAAUAACAAUCAUACUAGUGCAUCUGUUAUCACUCAUAAUAAUACUAAUAGUAAUAUUAACAGUAGUAAUAAUAAUAGCAGUAAUAAUAGUAAUAAUAUGCGUUUAAUUUUAACAAUAUUAGCCAAUUCACGAGCAAAUACUACCGCUAUCGCUACUCCAAACAUUGUCCAUAGUCCUUAUCGUUAUAGUCCAGAUCGAAAUAGUUUAUUAUGUAAUCGUCAAAAGCUAUUAUCUGUCAAUCCCAUUUCGUGUAAUACAAACACUACUCGAUCUAUGUGUAAAGCGUUUUCACAAUCCGAGUUGGCACGUUUAAACUUGAAUGUUAAUCCAGUGAAUUUCGAUGCAUCACUAGUGCAUAGAGCUCGUUAUUUCAUUAUUAAAUCAGACUAUGUGUACAAUGUACACCAAUCUAUAAAAUAUGGUGUUUGGUGCUCAACUCGUACUGGUAAUCAAUGUUUGGAUGAAGCGUAUCAAUCAGUACAUGGUUCUACCGUGACUAUAACAACAACAACGACCGCCACCACCACCUCUGCUAAAAACGUCAAUAGUCGUAAUGAUGAUGAUAAUAAUAAUAAUAAUACUAACAUUAUCACUGAUGAAUCGAAAUUAGUUCAUAACAGUAAGCUACAAUCAGAUAGUAAUGAAGAAGUAACAGGAAUUACUUCUACUACUACUAAUAAUAAUAAUAAUAAAUCCCGCCCAACUAACAAUCCUGUUCAAUGCCCAAAUGAUUCGCCUGCUGUUGUUACAACCGCACCCAUCUUGUCUGUUUGUUCUACCACGUGUACUAUCACCACUAAUACAAAUACACCCAAUAACAAUGUAAACUUCGAUACAGCUAACGUUUCAAGAACGAAAGUCAAUACAAACGAUCCAAUUAUACCAAUAACAACUAUUUCUUCAACCAUACCGACGGCAAAUAAUGGUCAGAACUCGACCAAAUCAAAAAGAACUUCAACAUCUACAUUUAAUACUAACAUAAACUCUUCUCCUGGACAUAUUAUUCUAUUUUUUUCAGUUAGAGAAUCUGGAUAUCUAACUGGAGUUGCUGAAAUGAUCAGUCCGGUUAAUCCACAAAAGCGUUCUACAAUAUGGCAAGAUUUACGAUUUAGAGGAGAAUUCGCUGUGAGAUGGUUGUAUAUUAAACAUAUUCCGAACCAUGUCAUUAAGCAUAUCUUAGUUGAAUGCUAUGACAAUCGUCCGGUUACAGUGUUACGUGAUACUAGUGAAAUUUUACCACCGUCUAAAGGGGAAGAAUUACUACGUAUUGUACAUGAAUAUGGAUUAUCUACAUCAUCAUCACUACCGAAUAUGUCAUCCUCAUUGUCAACAUCAUCAUUAUCUCAUUCUAUUGGAGGUGCUAAAUCAUCGACCAGCAAAAUUGGUAACAAUCAUAAUUUUUCAACCAAUACAAAUUUGACUAAUUCAAAUGGAUUAAAUAAUCAUAAGACUACUAGUACGAGUAGUACUUUCAUUGUUCCAUCAUCUACCAUCUUUAAUAAUAGCAAUAACACUACUAAUAAUAGUAAUAGUAAGAAUAUCGUCCCUUCAGUGAGUAUAUGUUCAACGAUUCCUGAGAAUUCACAAGUUACUACUAAUGUGUCGAAUAAACAUAAGAAUAAUUCUUCGUCUACAAUUAUAUAAAUUAUCAUAUGAUCCUCUCACUUAAUUUCUUCUAUUUCGUUAACUUCGGUGAUAUAUAUAAUAUAAAUAUGUACAGUUUUCUUUUUCUAAAUGAAGUCGUCAAUUAGAUAUGUGUCAUCUUCAAGUUUAUUCCCAGAAUAAAAUAAUCCUAUUCAUUUCUUGAGUAUCAACUUUUAUAUACUACUGAAAAAAAGCAGUUUCGUAUCUUUGGUAAGUGAAAUAGUGUUCUUUUUUUACGUUAAAAUUAUGUGUGUAUGAUACUAUGGGUUUUUGAAGAUUGUUGAAUUUUAUAGUUUGUAUCACAAACUGAAUUCAGUUAAAUAACUUUUGAAAAUCGGGAUGCACUGGACAGUGGUUUCAUCCUAGUGUUGGGUGACUCAUCGACAGUGAGAAUCUGUGACCAGUGAAGUUCGUUUUGGUAGGAUGUCGGGCAUUUGCCCACCAAGAACAUUAAGAGGUGAUUACGCAAUAUCCCGAAUACACCUCAUUCAGGAAUAUGAACCACUGAAUUACUAACACAGUGGUCUAAAGCUUAAGCGCUUAACACAAGACCUCAAGGUCCUGGAUAUUAAUCCCCGAUUAAGUUGUAAAAGCAUACUUCUGCGAAGUCUCAUUCUAGGACGUAACAGAUGUCUGGUGAUUCUUGAUCUUAACCACUAACUUGUGUAAUGUCAUUUAAACCAGAUAAGUUAUUAUUUCACUACUUAAUUGGCUUAUUAUUUACGUACCCAGAGUCAUCGUCGACAUUUCUUUUUUGUUAAAUUAAAUCUGUCUACGUAUAAAUACACAUGAGUUCUAAUUACUCUAACUCAGUAUAUUGCAGUACAGAUUCCCUCAACAGUUCUAUCUUCUUACUCUUUGUCUAGUUCAGCUAAUCGAUUGUUUAGGAGCAUAGAUAUUAAAUAACUUGUAAUAUUUAGAUUCCAUGAAAAAAUUCUGUCAAUCGGUUCCAAAGAUGUCCGCCAACCUACCAAUUUAUUGCUGCUAACUUUGUACACGUGAAGUAGUAUGACUUAAAGCGGAAUAUAUACAUUCUAAAAUUAAUAACUCAAAUAUUAUUGUUCAAAUGUAAACAUCAAAGCCUGCUAUCGUGGUUUGAUUAUUAUUUUCAUAAAAAGACAUGCCUUCAUUGCAUAUCAAUGUCAAAUAGAUAGUCAUAGGAAAUCAGUGGACCACCGAUUUCCAUCAAUUUCAAACUAUUUAGUCUUACAUUUUUAGCACCUUCAUGUCUUAUGCUAAUGAAUACGUUAUUGAUUUAUUCUUAUCUCACUCCUUACUCUUUUUUGACCGCUUUGAGUCAAGGUUUCUUACUAGAGUUCUGAGAAUACAUUUUAAGCUCAGUUAGCUUGUAAUAAACGUACAGUUAUUGAUUAGCGUAAUGAUUCUCCUAAGAUAACUAUCACCACAGAGAGUCAUUAAAAGCUGGUCGUAACCGGCAGAUAUCAAUGAUGUCAAGAGUAAAAUAUCUCUUUAUAUUCAUCAAUAAUUAAUUAUCGAUCACUUAAUUUCAAUCUAAAUAGUUUGAGUAUAUUAUACUGGCCAUGAGACAUGAAAUGAUUCAAUCCUGUUUGUAUAUGCUCCAUCAAAAAAUCCGAAUUUUUUAAAAAAAUAAACAACUGCAUCCAGUUUUUCCUGCUUUCUUUAUUGCUUAUACAACCAAUAUUGAUUCGUAAAACAAAGAAUACCAUCUUCAAAUUGGACUAGUCCUCCUCGAAAAUCAUUACUUUGUUGAGACUAUUAAUCAUAAACGAACCAGUCAAAUUCAAGAUAUUGCCUCUUGGACUUUUGCCCAAUGCCUUAUUGUAUUACAGCUUAUUUAAUUUGGUGAUGAGAACCCUAACUCUUAUUUAUAACCCAAUUUUGAAACUAAUAAGUGAUUAAAGAGGAAGAAUGUAUUUGUAAAAUCUCAGCGAAAGAAUUUUGAAUUAAAUCCAACGUUUCGCCUGGCAAUCUGGUCCAAGCUAAUAAGUGAUUAAAAUUUCUUGAGAUCACUUAAGAAUCGUUGGAGAGUUGUCCAUCAACUACAGUCGCGUUGAAAGAUUUUUUUCCCUUUCAUAUUUCAUCAUAUUUAAAUAAUUCCAGCUCUUAAAA